AUGAUUAAAUCACGAUAUCAACUAAGCCCAGAUCGAACAGUCCGGUCACCGGAUCCCGUAGGAUACUCCAGGGAAUAUGCGGGAAAGUCACCAUGUCCUGCAGUAAAACAUGUGAAAUCGCUGGAACAUGGAAGCAGUAUUCCGGUCAAAAAUACGGCCGGACUUUUCCGGCGAAUUCCUGCCAAGUUCCGGUGCUUUCCGGCAGGAACUGAUCGGAAAUCACCGGAAAAUUUUCCAAUCGGAAUACUGCUUCCACAAGAUCAACGGAAUUACUCGGAACCGGCUGUUUCCAGACCGGACUGUUCGACCUGGGAGGUAUUAAUCUAUCUAACUACUGCAUGUAGCAGUGCACCGGUUAAAAGAGCAUUCUAUCUACUUUAUUGUAUGAAUAUUGAUUUCGGUUUAGCACUAGCCAUUUCUGUACUUGGUUUUCUAACUGCCUUAGUUUCAAAUUAUGACCAACAAAACUAUCUCAUUACAUCACCAGUAGAUAUUAUUAUAUUGUUAUUUUGUGUGGUGUAUCUCUAUUCAGUUUGGAGUGACUAUCACGAUUCACAAAACUACGAAAUAAUAAUUGAUAUAUGGGCUGCAUCGUAUAUUUUGGAAGUAUUAACUAGUGAUAUUUAUUCAUAA